AUGCCGUUGUCGUUGCUUCUUCAGGGGGGGGUGGCUUGCGCACCCCAAAUUUGGAUGCACCCUCACAGGCGAGCCAGGGACGCCAGUGACCGUUCAGGUAAAGGGCAUGCCGUUCCUGCAGCUCUUGGCAAACUACCACCCAUGCCCUUGAAGUGGGAAAGUGUCCGAGCAACGCCGGCCGAGACCGCAUCACGGCUCACGGCCCAGCACCGGACGCACGGGGGACAUGGGGAUUUUGUAAUACUGACCUACCUUUCCAAGAUGCAUCGUCUCUCGCUUCAGUCACUCCUUGCCGUCUCGGCCCUGGUGUCGGGCAUCGCGGCCAAUGCGAACGCGGAUGGUGACCACCAGGGCGUCACCGUCGUGGUCAGUCAGACCCUGACGUCCUGCCCGUCCCCGAGCCCGCCUCCGCCGUGUUCCUCGUCUCCCGGGUCCGGGUCUCCAGCUCCGAGCUCAUCCACCCCGUCCAGCUCGCCAUCCCUCUCGUCCAGUAUCCGCAGCACAGCCACCAGCAGCGCCGGCAUUCCUGCCUGCACCGACUUCUGGCUCGAAAAGAUCAAGCACCAGGGCGUGGCUCCGUUCGGCGGCCCAGACUACGAUGUCUUCCGCAACGUCAAGGACUACGGCGCCAAGGGCGACGGCGUCUCGGACGACACCGACGCCAUCAACCGGGCCAUCAGCGAGGGGAAACGCUGCGGCCCCGGCUGCACCGGCAGCACCAAGACGCCGGGCCUCGUCUACUUCCCGCCCGGUACCUACAUGGUGUCCUCUCCCAUCAUCGACUUUUACUACACCCAGCUGGUCGGCAACCCCGGAUGCUUGCCCGUUCUCAAGGCCACCCCCGACUUCACCGGCCGCUGGCUCCUCGACACCAACCAGUACGGGGACAGCGGCCUGUCGUGGGGCGCCACCAACGUGUUCUGGCGCCAGGUUGCCAACCUCGUCAUCGACAUCUCGGACGUCUCUCCCGAGACGCUGAUCUCGGGCAUUCACUGGCCCAGCUCGCAGGCGACGUCCCUGUCCAACAUCGUCUUCCGGUCGUCCGAGGCCAAGGGCAACCUGCACCAGGGCCUCUUCGUCGAGGAGGGUUCCGGCGGUUACAUGGGCGACCUCGUCUUCUUCGGCGGCGCCCAGGCCAUGUCCAUCGGCAACCAGCAGUUCACCAUGCGCAACAUCACCGUCCACAACGCCAAGACGGCCAUCCAGCAGCUGUGGUCGUGGGGCUGGACCUACAAGGGCGUGAGCAUCAACAACUGCGAGGUCGGCUUCGACUUCACCGCCGCCGACCAGGGGAACCUCAACGUCGGGUCCGUCACCAUCCUCGACAGCGAGAUCAAGAACACGCCGGUGGGAAUCGCGUACGGCAGCGCCAACGCUACCGGCCCGGCCGUGGCCAACAACUUCAUCUUUGAGAACCUGCGGCUGGACAACGUGCCGACCGCCAUCCGCGGGCCCUCGGGCACCGAGCUCGCCGGCUCCGCCGGUACGACCGUCAUCGAGGCCUGGGGCCGCGGCAACGAGUACACGGCCUCCUCGGGCCCGACCUUCUUCGAGGGCCCUAUCAAGCCCAGCAAGCGGCCGGCAUCCCUCGUGGCAGGGACCGCCUUUUACGAGCGCUCCAAGCCGCAGUACGAGAACGUGCCCCUGACCGAGUUCGUCAGCGCCCGUGCCGCCGGGGCCAAGGGCGACGCCACGACCGACGACACCGACGCCCUCAACGCCCUCUUCGCCUCGGCCGCCGCCGACGACAAGAUCGUCUUCCUCGACGCGGGCAUGUACCUCGUGACCGACACGCUGCGCAUCCCCGCCGGGUCCCGCAUCUUCGGCGAGGCCUUCCCCGUGCUCCUCUCGUCCGGCCCGGCCUUCGCCUCGGCGGCCGCCCCCAGGGCCGUCGUCCGGGUCGGCGCCGCGGGCGACACGGGCCGCGUCGAGUGGUCCAACACCAUCGUGUCGACGCGCGGCGCCCAGGCGGGGGCCGUCCUGAUCGAGUACAACCUGGCGUCGGCGCCUUCGGCGCCGUCCGGGCUCUGGGACGUGCACACGCGCAUCGGCGGCUUCGCCGGGUCGGAGCUCCAGCUGGCCGAGUGCGCCAAGACGCCCGACGCGCCCGUCACGGGCGAGGCCGACGUCGCCGCGGAGUGCGUGGCCGCCUUCAUGAGCAUGCACGUCACCCGCACCGCGACGGCCCUCUACAUGGAGAACUGCUGGAUCUGGGUCGCCGACCACGACAUCGAGGAGGGCGCCGACAACCAGCAGAUCACCGUCUACGCGGGCCGCGGCCUGCUCGUCGACGGCAGCCCGGGCCCGCUGUGGCUGGUCGGCACCAGCGUCGAGCACCACCAGUUCUACGAGUACCAGUUCGUGGGCGCGACCGACGUCUUCAUGGGCCAGAUCCAGACGGAAACGGCCUACUACCAGCCGAACCCGGACGCGCGGCUGCCCUUCCCCGCCGAAAAGGCGUACCACGACCCGGAGCUGGCGGCGGGCGAGUCCGGCUGGGGCCUGCGCGUGGUCGACAGCACGGGCCUGGUCGUCUACGGCGCCGGCCUGUACAGCUUCUUCGACAACUACGACGUCAAUUGCAGCCAGAUCGGCGAGGGCGCCACCUGCCAGCAGCGCAUCUUCAGCGUCGAGGGCGAGUGCGACCUGCGGGUUUACAACCUCAACACGGUCGGCACCAAGAACAUGGUGACUGUUGACGGGGUGGAUGUGGCCGACUACGAGGACAACAUCGACGGGUUUGUCCACUCCAUCGCGCUGUUUGGCGUGGAUGCGUAA